AUGAGCAUUGAUGCCAUGCUCGAUAUGGAGAGACAGGAGGUUCUGGCUCUGCUCGAGAACAAGCCGAAGGAGGCGCCUCCGCCAGAGCAGGAGCGCAGAACAGCUAGCCCAUACGCAACCGGUCGGUCGCCUGUGCGGAGCAUGCUCGACAUUGAGGAGGAAGGGCCCGGCGAGAUCAAGACAAGCCCUACAAUGCAGCCCCCAGUUCGAAGCAUGCUGGACCUCGACACGCCAUUACCUUCCAUCGUCAAGAAGACGUCUGCAGAGAGCUCCAAGCUGCCCACCAGCACACCCUCAUCCCCAACCGGGUCAGCCUUCAAGAUGCGAAGCGCUAGUCAGUCGUCGCAUCACCGAAGCAUGUCCGAUGCAGGGUACAAGCCGGCAGACUUCGGGCCUCGGGCAACCAACCGCGCUGAUAUCACAGCAGACUACCAAUUCUCUGGGAUCUACAAUAACCUUGGGGGCAACCAGCUUCCGCUAAGGGCUUCGCAGAAGAAGAAGAAAUCAUCUAGCAGCAGUUCCAAAAAAGCCAUCCCCUCCAGUCUUGGCGAGGCUCUGAAAGGUGCUGAUCUGAGCGGUCUACAAUUUCCUAAUGAGCGUGGGCGAAACAAUUCUCUCGGCGGACUUCCCUCGCGCCUGGGAAACCAGUCCAAGUCACCCCACAAUCGUCUAGGGAGCCGAUCUAGGUCCCCGGCCACCUUUGGUCCCCAGCUUGUUCCUGGAAAGGCAUAUCUGGCAGAUGGGGGUGUUGUGGAUAUCAACAGUGCCUACCGUAGGCUGUCUGAUGUGCAUCUUCUGAACUCUAGCGGAACACUAGCUCAGCUGCCAAUGCGGAAGCGCAAUGAUGAAGUAGGUGAGGGUAGACUGGUGAAGGACUACCUCGGUCCAGACGGUGAGCACCUGGGCUCCAGUGACGAAGAGGAUGCCUACUCAACCGACGAUGAGGACCGCGGACGCAAGAAGACUCCGAGAACCCUGAACCCGGAUGCUAAGGGCGAGGGCGAUGGCGAUGGCGCCAAGGGAGAACGCCCGACGCUGAGUCUCCUUGCAGCGGCGGAAGAGGAGCGGAAGGACAUUGCAUCGCAGCAGCCUUAUCAAUACAGGUCACUGAUUCCGGAACCUGAGAUUAAAAUAACCAACACAUCUGGGACAACGGUCAAGUCGAAGAACGCAGUACACCCCAACACCAGCUACGAUCGUCAUCCAAACUCAGCUACCCCAUCCGUCAUAGACUCGGAUGAGGAGGCUGACUACGACGACAUCAAAACGGCCCAAAAUCUUUCUUUUACCAUGACAAAUAUCCAAAACACUGCCCACCGUGCGAUUCGGAUCAUUUACCGGGGAGAAUACCAGAAAAUUGCACAAUUAGCAGAGGAAGAACACCACAGACUCAGGAAAUACCUGGUUGCUACAGACCUCAGUGACGAAUCAGCUCAUGCUUUAGAAUGGGCCAUUGGGACAGUUCUUCGCGACGGUGAUACUUUAAUUGCCAUCUACUGUGUUGAUGAGGAAACGGGCAUCUACGCUGGAGAGGGCGCACUAAUUCCGGAUGAACCCAAGGCGAUGAAGGAACAGGCUGCCGCCAUCAACACACUAGCCAACACCAAAGUGUCAGCAAUUGGAACUCAGGUCUCGGAGCUUAAGCGGCAGUCAGUCCUAAGCAGCAGACGGGGAGAAUCUACCGGCACUCCGGGAGCUUCACCUGCUCCUUCAGGACGGGGUGAGUGGAACAGGGCAGAGGAGGAACGCAACCGGGCGGUCCAGGAUAUCACGGACAGGCUACUUCGUCUGCUAAGAAAGACACAGCUGCAAGUGCGAGUGGUGGUGGAGGUACUCCACUGCAAGAACCCCAAGCACCUCAUCACCGAGGUGAUUGAUCUGGUGGAACCCACUCUCGUUGUGAUAGGAAGUAGGGGACGCAGUGCACUGAAAGGUGUUAUCCUAGGGUCAUUCUCCAACUAUCUAGUCACCAAGAGCUCCGUGCCAGUCAUGGUGGCGAGAAAGCGAUUACGGAAGCAGAGCAAGUACAAGACCAAGGCCGUGCGGCAGGUGAAUAACCUGAGCAACCCAGCAGCUCGGAGUCUGGCAAAUGCUAAGAUUGAUUGA